AUGUCGUUUCUCGGCGGAGCAGAGUGCUCGACGGCGGGCAACCCGUUGAGUCAGUUCACCAAGCAUGUUCAGGAUGACAAGUCGUUACAAAGAGACCGUCUCGUAGGCAGGGGCCCUGGUGGCAUGGAGAGCAUGCGAAGUCAGAUGGGAGCUCCGCAGGAUGCUAUGAUGGACGACUUCAUGCAACAGCCCGCACACCUUGGCCCUGGCUUCCAAGACUCCGCUUUUGCCAUGGAGCAAAUGCGUCGGGAGCUCGACCAGGCAGCAUCCUCCGCACCUGCUCACUGGGCUGCUGAGUUCGAACCACAAAUGUCUGAUCAGCCGGGCCCUGCAUUCGCCCACCAGAACAACGGAGCUUUCAAUCCCCAAGACUUUGCCCGCUUCCAGCAAUCCUCAGCCGCGAGGACGGCCAGUCCACUUGGCAACGUCCAACAAACACCCAUGGCACGAUACCAGUCACCCAUGCAAUACGGCGGCACAUACGGCAACGGUAUGGGUAUGCGAAUGGGUAUGGGGGGUAUGGGUAUGUCCGGCAUGGGCAUGAACGGAAUGCAGACUCCACAAGACCAGCAACAGCAGUCCAAGGGCAAGGAGCGCAUGGUCGAGCUGGACGAUAAGGACUGGGAAGCACAAUUUGCCGAGCUGGACGACCCACAAGCACAACAAGACGCGCAACUAGAUGCAGAGGCGAAUGCAGCUAUGGAGGCAGAGUUGAACGCCAUGGACAGGUCAGUUGGUCCCGAUCACAGUGAAACGCUGUUUGGCGACUUCGAGUCGGUAUGGCAGGGCAUCCAAGCUGAGACGACCCAAAACAGAGACUUUGUCACACACGAUUCCUUUGGCGACGCGAGCGACCGCUUUGACCAGUGGGACGGCUUCGAUGGCCUCAACACACACCGAGAUCCUUCGCUGGGCGACUACAUGUUCGAGGAUGAUAAUCCCUUUGCCGAGCUCGCCAAUCCUUUCGACGAGGGAAUGAAGAUCAUGCGUGAAGGCGGCAACCUAUCGCUCGCUGCCUUGGCUUUUGAAGCCGCUGUACAGAAAGAUCCGGAACACAUGGGUGCUUGGACGGCUCUCGGUCAAGCACAAGCACAAAACGAAAAGGAGUCACCAGCAAUUCGCGCUCUUGAGCACGCCUUGAAACUCGACCCCAACAAUCUAGAAGCUUUGAUGGGGCUGGCAGUAUCAUAUACAAAUGAAGGAUAUGACAGCACAGCCUACAGGACGCUGGAGCGCUGGGUCGCUACGAAGUACCCCUCGCUCAUCAACGCCCCUCUUUCUUCCGAGGAAGAUGAGAUUGGCUUCACUGACCGUCACGCACUGCACGAAAAGGUAACAGAUUUGUUCAUCCAAGCUGCACAGAUGUCUCCGGAUGGUGAGCAAAUGGACCCCGACGUUCAAGUCGGCUUGGGUGUACUCUUUUACGGCGCAGAAGAGUACGACAAGGCAGUCGAUUGCUUUGGUGCCGCGCUGGCCUCGACCGAAGAAGGCAGCACAAAUCGACAAGAAGAGUUGCACCUUCUCUGGAACCGUCUUGGUGCCACACUCGCAAACUCUGGUAGAUCGGAAGAGGCCAUCGAUGCCUACUCUCGUGCGCUGGAGAUGCGACCCAACUUUGUCAGAGCACGCUACAAUCUAGGCGUGUCAUGCAUAAACAUUGGCUGCUACGAAGAAGCGGCACAACACCUCCUCGGUGCAUUGGCGAUGCACCGCAUCACCGAGAAAGAAGGCUUGGAAAAGGCGAGACAAGUGGUUGGCGACAACAACAUGUCGGACGCGAAACUCGAAGCCAUGAUCACCCAAAAUCAAAGUACAAACCUUUACGACACCCUGAGGAGGGUGUUCGCCCAGAUGGAACGCAGAGAUUUACAGGAACUCGUUGGCCCUGGUAUGAACCUUGAGGACAUGAGACAGCAUUUUGAGUUCUAG